CUUGGACAGUGGGGAGGCGGGAAGAGAGAUUAAGACCUUCCCCAGUUGGUGCCCCAUCCCUGAACCCUGGGAACAGCAUCCCGACAGGGUAAAUGCUAUCACAUUCCACCCUGAGCCGGCCGGCCAGCGUUCGAGCUUGCAAAAUCCAGCUUUUUUAAAACAAAGCAGCUGCCUGUACAAAUCGCUUACAUUGGAGAGAUGGGGGAGAGACAAGCUGCAGUGUUCAGGAAAUAAAGCAAGAAACCUGAGCAAGGAAACUAAAGUAAAGGUCCCUGUGCAUCCGUAAUUAUCCGGGUAAUUAUCCAGCAACGCUGCAAGCCUGCCCACUCCACCCCAUAGCGUUCCAGUCCCUGUCCAACCUGCCGGGGCAAUGGAACUCAAGAAUGUGGUAGAGACUGUGGAAAACGGAGAACAAGAUGCUAUCCUCAAGGUGCUGCAGAUCUACAACCAGGAGAAAUCUCAGUGUUUCACCUUUGAAGAUGAAGAGCGGGAGGCGAGGAAAAAAAUGGCUCAGCUGCUGAUCAAGUUCCUGGAGAGAGAGCUCCAGCCCUCCUGCCAAGUCACAUGUUUGGAAAGCAUCCGCAUCCUGUCCCGGGACAAAAGCUGCCUUGACCCCUUUACCACCAGAGAAGGCUUGCAGACCCUGGCCAGACAUGCUGGCAUUGAUUACUCAGAGGAGCUCAUUCGGGAGGUCCCAGACCUGGAUGUGAUCCUGGAGGCCCUCAAAUGCCUCUGCAACAUCGUCUUCAGCAGUCCUAGGGCACAGGAGCUGACAGCUGAGGCCCGGCUAGUGGUGGGACUCACAGAGCGCAUCAAGCUCUACAACGAGAAGAACCUGUCCCACGUGUUCCUGCUGGCGGCACUGAGGGUGGACAUCCGGCAGCAGCUGGCCCAGGAGCUCAGGGGCAUCAGCCUGAUGACAGACACCCUGGAGCUGACACUAGGGGUAAAAUGGCUGGACCCCCAUGAAGUAGCCAGUGAGGGGAGCCCUCCCCUACCCCUGCCACGCCAGGAGACAGAGCGUGCCAUGGAGAUCCUUAAGGUGCUCUUCAACAUCACGUUUGACUCCAGCAAGAGAGAGGUGGAUGAGGGCCAGGAAGAUGCUGCUCUGUACCGACGCCUGGGUGCUCUCCUGCGUCACUGCCUGAUGAUUUCAGCUGAUGGAGAGGACCGGACAGAAGAAUUUCACAGCCACACAGUUAACCUCUUGGGAAACCUCCCGCUCAUGUGUCUGGAUGUUCUGCUGACCCCGAAAGUACGGCCAGGCUCGCUUGAGUACAUGGGCGUCAACAUGGAUGCAGUCAGUGUCCUGCUGGAUUUCCUAGAGCGAAGACUCGACCGGGGUCACAAACUGAAGGAGACACUAACUCCUGUGCUGAACCUGCUGACAGAGAGUGCCCGUGUCCACCGCCAGACGAGGAAGUUCCUCAAAACUAAGGUGCUGCCUCCGCUGCGGGAUGUGAAGAAUCGCCCUGAGGUGGGGAACUUGCUGCGGAACAAGCUCGUGCGUCUGAUGACGCACAUUGACACCGACGUGAAGCACUGUGCGGCCGAGUUCCUCUUUGUGCUCUGCAAGGAGAGUGUGUCGCGCUUUGUGAAGUACACAGGGUACGGCAAUGCAGCGGGGCUCCUGGCCGCACGAGGCCUCAUGGCAGGAGGGCGGGCAGAGGGAGAGUAUUCUGAGGAUGAAGACACGGACACUGAGGAAUACAAGGAAGCUAAGCCCAACAUUAACCCAGUGACAGGGCGUGUGGAGGAGAAGCUCCCCAACCCCAUGGAAGGGAUGACCGAGGAGCAGAAGGAGUAUGAAGCCAUGAAGCUGGUUAACAUGUUUGACAAGCUGUCCAGACAGCAAGUCAUCCAGCCAAUGGGGAUGACUCCAGGUGGCACUCUCACCCCUCUGGAGAAUGCUGUGCAUGAGAUGGCGGAGGAGAGGUCAUCGUCUGACUCUGAUUUGGGGUUGGACUGAUUCACACCUCUUCACCUCCCCAGGACUGUGGGCUCUCCACUCUCCCUCCAGAACUGGUGCUGCAGCCAGAGAAUAGUACUGCGUGAGGACUCUCCCAGUGGGAUCUGAAUCAGGGCUGGAGUCCACUGCCUAGACGGAUAAUAUCCACCUUCUCUCCAAUCCCGUAGCCAACUCUCCUUUUCCAAAGAGCUCUCCACAGCUUGGUCUCCUUCCCUCAGUGUCUCUGAGGAUCUCAGACUCCAACCCAUGCCCAAGAUUGUCCAGUAGGAUUUUCAUAGAGGAAGAUUGGGAAGGGGGAGGACUCGGAAUAUCUUAUUACACCAACAGGGUCCAAUAGUGUGUGGAGCAUUGUAUGAGCUGACUUCUGUGUGGGCACAUGACGUGGUGCGUGUAUCUGGAUAAACAGAUAUGGGGUGCGGGUGUGUUUGUGCAUACGUGAGGCACUUGUGCAGCAUGCAUGCAUUUGUAAGGGCACAUGAUGGUAUGCCUAUGUCAGAGAACAUGUGUGGGAAUUUGGGAACACAAGAUAAUUUGUGAAUGUGAUUGUACAAGUGGAAUAAAUGCCUGGGACGUAUGUGUAGUGAUUAGAAGAAUGGACUUUACGUGUCUGCGUACUGAUGGUAUGUACAUGUAUGGGAGAACCUGGCUGUUUGGCAUGUAUGCAAUUAUGUAUGUAUAGACAGGAACGUGUCAAUGUGUAAUGUUUAGGUACAAAUCUAGAUAACAUUUGUGGGCAUUGUCAGGGGUGUAAACAGGAGUCGCUGUGACGUUUACAGAUGGGGAUGUGAGUGUAAUGUUUAAGAACAUGUACCUGGGUGGACUCAUGUUGGAUACAUGUGUGUGGAUUCAUUCUGUGUGGGAUCACAUGUGGGUCUAAGAGUAUAGAUCUUAUGAGAAACUUUCAGCACUCACACUGACUGCAGGAUUGACAUUUGCAGGUGACUGUUUGCCAGCAAUGCUCUGAUUCGUAGUCUGUAGCACUGUGCCUGUUUCCACCACGUUCCAUUUUCUUGACUAACUUCUCCCAUUCUACUUUCUGAACAAAAGAUGGAGACCCAUUGUAUUGUUUCUUGCUGAAUCUUCUGCUUUGGCUCACACAAAUCCCUAGUUCUUUGUACUCCUAGACUGGUAUCAAAUCUCUUCCUGCACUCUGUUAUAGACGUUUCUGUUUAAAGAAGAGAAACUCUCUUCCAAUUUGUCUCCUGUACCAAGAUUUUCAGAACUUAUCAGCACAGAUAGAAAGAAUUACACAAGAAUAAAGGACACCUUCUGGCACAGACAAGUGCA